GUGACAUCAGCAGUGACGUCGGCAGGGCCGAGCACAGCCGUUACCGGUGGAAAGAAGAUGGUGCUCAUCAAGGAAUACCGUGUGGUCUUGCCAUGCUCAGUGGAAGAGUAUCAAGUUGGGCAACUCUUCUCAGUGGCCGAGGCCAGUAAAAACGAGACAGGUGGCGGAGAGGGUAUUGAAGUGCUGAAGAAUGAACCCUAUGAGAAAGAGGGCGAGAAAGGACAAUACACACACAAAAUCUACCACUUAAAGAGUAAAGUGCCAGGCUUUGUGAAGAUGAUCGCACCAGAGGGGGCUUUAGUUUUCCAUGAAAAAGCCUGGAAUGCUUAUCCGUACUGCCGCACGAUUGUGACUGUAAGUACAUCUUAAACUAGCUGUCCUGUGUAAUCAAUAUAACCAGUGCAUGAUCGUUUACUAUGAAGUGCCUGCGAUUUGCCUUUAAUGGAAAAGUUGCUGUUGUCUUGUUUUUGUGUGUAAUCAGACAUUUGUUUGAUGCCAGAUGUGGAGCAAGAUACAGUGGCCCCAAAACUAUUUGGACACUUACAAAUGUCUGAAUGUCAUUGCAUUAGAUAACAAAAUAUAGUGUUUGCGCUCAAAUGCUGCUGGAAUAUCUCAGAACUAACUGCACUUUUCUGAGCCAUUGUUGCUCUGACUUUUAAUCAGCUGAUGUCGCAGUGAUUUUUAGUGGAUGUAUGAAGUCAGUUCCCCUCAAGUUUUCACAGGUCUCCUAGCAGAGUAACCACAGAACUGGGAGUACACCGGGUUUACUGACUGUCUUCUAGGAAUGAGUCCACUUCAAGCUUAAACCCAGUUUAAAACAUGUGGUUUGGACGGCUCUCAAGUUUUUGGACUUCAAAAUACUCUUUGCAACAUGCACCGCUAAUAGAUGUGAUAUUUAUGCAUUACAUGUGCUACAGAUUUGACAAAAACCCUAAAAAAAAACAAAACAUGAUUUUUCUGUUUGUGUGAAUGUUUUUUUUUUUUAUAAACAUCUGUUUCUUUUUCUCAGAAUGAAUACAUGAAAGAUGACUUCAUGAUUAAAAUCGAAACAUGGCACAAACCCGACAUGGGAUCUUUAGAAAAUGUACAUGAAUUGGACCCCACCACAUGGAAGACAGUAGAGGUUGUGCAUAUUGAUAUAGCGGAUCGCUCCCAAGUUGAACCCGGAGACUAUAAGCAGCAUGAAGACCCAGAAAUCUUUCAUUCAGAGAAAACGGGCAGAGGGCCUUUAGGACCGGACUGGAAGAAAGAACUCUUGGCCAAGCCAGAAGCCCCUCGUAUGUGUGCGUACAAACUAGUCACUAUCAAGUUCAAGUGGUGGGGCCUUCAAACCAAAGUAGAAAACUUCAUACACAAGCAAGAGAAGAGAAUCUUCACAAAUUUCCACCGUCAGCUUUUCUGUUGGAUUGACAACUGGGUGGAGCUGACCAUGGAGGAUAUCCGCCGAAUGGAGGAGACGACGCAGAGAGAGCUGGAGGAGAUGCGUCAGAAGGGGUCUGUACGAGGCACAACGGCAGCUGAGGAGUAGCUGAAUUCUUUUUAGUAACGUAACGCAGGUGGACUGACUCUCUUCGUAAAACUGGUCAGGUUCGAGGCACCAGUGCUGCUCACGAACAAUGAGGCAAAACUAAAGAAUCCUACCACAAACGACGCUUGACGAGUGACAUAACUGCAUUCAACCAACCGGCCAGUGGUGGCGCUGUUCUCCACCAGACUGAAGAAUGACACAAUGAUCAGUAGUACUGUAUUCACCUUCUGUACGACACUCACCUUCCAACAGGCAGAAAACAAUUUUACACUGGACAAACUUUUGCCUGUUUUCCAAACCGACGAGAAUGUUGGGCAGGUUUAUCCAGUGACAUUUACCAUUUUACUAGGAGUUUUAGAAAUAUCAGAGUAUUGCUUAAUGGUUGUGUUAUUCUAUUGCAGAAAAGAAAAAAUAAUGGAAUUACUUAAUUUUGACAGGAAUUGGACCAAUUAAUUGUUUUGUUUGGUUAUUUGUUUAUAAUGGUUUGAAUCUUUUUUUCCCCCCUUUCUGUGUUUAGUCUUAAUAUAUAGCACUUCUUUUGGUUUAUUUAAAUUUUAAAUCAUUUUUUAAAGGGUUUGUUUUCCAAUUGUCAUUCGUUGUAUCAGCAUAAUCCUGCCUUUCAUCUUCAUGUUUUUAUAAGAAAUGUGUAAUGCUGUUGCACACUUGGAGAAUUUCCCAGCUACAAAAGCAAGCAUGCACAUUUGCGCAUGCAAAAACACGUUCACAGGCCACCGAAGCUUCACAUGAACUCAGGCAUGUUAGCUGCUGUUUUUAAGAGUGUGUUUUCAAAGACCCUCAAAGAUGAAACCUCUCAGGACUUUUCAAAUGAACAUUGUUUACCCUCCAGAAUCCAGACCUGUGCAAACGCUGCUGCUUUUCUAGAGUCACUAUAGGAUAGGAAGUGCUUUUAUAUUGCUAAACUGCCUGUAACGCUGUGCUGAAUGUGUGCGUAGAUGCCUCAACAGAUGAUGUAGUCUUUGGUUAAAGAGAAGAACUUUAAAAAGGCAUUAAAAAUAUACAUAAAUAUA